AUGCGGGAUAUCGGUGCAAAUCCAAAGUUGACUCUGUCAGCAGUUCUCAAUACGCAGAGAAUCUACAGAAUCAUAGUCAUGAUACUUGCGCUAUCACUAUCCUUUUACACUCUAUCAUUCUUUUCAGAUCUCCAAUUGGGUGUCCCAGCAUGGAAACCGUCCGAGGAAUCAUCACAUCACACCGUGCCUGUCAACGAAGAUCGUCGGUUCGCUUUAGUCCUACCUAUCACCGAUCCUACCCCGGAUACAUGCAAGACGAUAUUCACUGCGCUAGCUCUAGGCUAUCCUAGUCCCGUCAUUAUCAAUUGGGGCGUAGACUACCGCGAUGUAUCCCAUUGGCAUUUUGGAAAAGCUCUGCCCAAGAUCCCGGGUCUAGUACACUAUCUCGACUCGGUGAUGCACCCCAACGCGACGGCUACAGAGAAGCUGGAGGAGGAUGACCUGGUGCUCAUGGUAGAUUCUCAUGAUGUAUGGUUUCAGUUGCCCGCCGAGGUCAUGCUCAAACGUUACCAUGAGAUUAACAAACGAGCCAACGAAAGGUUGCGCAAGGAAUGGGCCGGAUCAGGCCCGAUUCCCAUGAAGCAGACUAUUGUGGCUGCGUCUGAAAAGAAAUGUUACCCAAAUGAUCCAGAACUCUUCGGUCUCGAUUUGCGGUGCGAUCGUUGGCCAGAAAGUCCACUACCGCCAGGUCUUUACGGACCGGAAACCGACAAGAAUGCUACCGACUUUUACCAUAAUAGACCACGAUGGAUCAAUGGUGGUAUGUACAUGGGUCCAGCAGGCGACAUGAGGCGACUCUUUCGUCGCGCAAUGCAGGAUAUGGAGGCUGCAAUCGGAGAAGGUUUCCCUCUACGGAGCGAGCAGGGCCAAGUGGGCAACGUGAUUGGGAGACAAGAGGUCUGGAGACAAUGGAGAAGGAAGAAUCGGAUGAACAGUGACGAACUACAGGGUUUGGUCAAUGAGGACUUCGAAUACCACUUCGGACUCGACUACUCGCAAGAGAUAUCAAGCCAGGUCAAAUUCACGGCUAUCAACCGGAGUCUGGAUCUCUAUGACGCUCACUUCAUACCGUUGGGCGACAAGGGGGCUAUAGAAUCGCAUUCAAACGCCCUGGGUAUAUCUCCGGUUCGACUAAUGGGUGUGCCCGACGAUGUCAGCAUGUCUCGAAACCCACUCGUGGAAAUCGAUAAGACUGCGACCUGGGGUGAAAUGCCUCUCUAUGGUGACCUGUUUAUUGGUCAAGUGCCGGCGAUGAUACAUCAUAACGGUUACAAGGGGCGGCGCCAGACAUGGUGGGAUCGUCCAUGGUAUCAUCAACGUUUGAGAGAGCUCGUAACUCCUCGUCUGAAACCAUAUCCAAUUGAUGAGCCGCUGGCAAUAGUCCGAGAUGGAAGCAGCCAAGUCAGAUACUGGGGUGUCUCGGCUGAAGCCAGAGACAGAUAUCCCCGAAAGGCCAAUGCAACAGCCGAUGGCAGGUUCGCCAAGAUGGAAUUUGAGGAGUUAUGUCAAAGUGACGAGAAGCCACUCAAAGAUGCAAGAGACACUUGGUGGGAAGAAGUAUUUAGAGACGGUAAAGGGCCAUUUAGGUGA